CCCCUGGAGCUAUCGAUGCAUCCGCGGAAUCGAGGCUUGUUGAUAAAGAACACGGUCGCCGAAAGGCGAAGGAACGUUUCGUGUAUCGGUAGAGAAAUGAUGGAUUUGUGGUUUGAAUGGGAGGAGAACAACGACGAACACUUCUCCUUUGAGGACAGCGAUAGAUUCGAGGAGGAUUCUCUAUGCUCUUGGAUCUCUGAACCCGAGAGUAUUUGUGCAAACUGGAGAGGAUGGAAGCGCGGUUCGCAGUCUCAAUCUGGUGGACUUUUUCUUGACACCGAAAAGGAAGAAAAUGUCGAGUGUCUAUUAGAGUUGUGCGCUCGCACGGUAGCGAGAAACAUCCCCUUUGAGACUGUAGAGCGUACAUAUUCACACAUACCGGAACAGCUACAGUUAAGAAUUGCGUUUUGGUCGUUUCCCCUCGCGGAAGAUGACAUUCGCUUGUAUUCUUGUUUGGCAAAUGGUUCCUCAGAAGAGUUCCAGAGGGCCGAGCAUCUUGUUCGUGCCAAGGCUGUCAAAGACGCCUUACAGAUAGGUUUUCACUUGAGUGCCACAGUGAACCAGUUGCAGAGUGUCUGCCAGACCAAAGGAAUGUUCAACGUGGCAGUCACCUUUGAUAGGGGCCGGAUAACGUCUUCUAACUGCACCUGUGACCAGACAGCCUCUUGGUGCGCACAUGUGAUUGCUCUGUGCCUAUUCCGUAUUCAUCAUCCCAGCCUGGUUUGUCUGAGAGCCCCCGUAUCAGAGUAUCUUUCACGCCUUGGCCGUGACCAGCUGCAGAAAUUUGCACAAUACCUUAUCAGUGAACUUCCACAACAGAUUCUUCCUACAGCACAAAGGCUUCUUGAUGAGUUGUUAUCCUCACAGGAGUCGGCCAUUAACAAAGUGUCUGGUGCACCAGACCCCACAGCAGGCCCUGCCGAGGCUGACCCUUGCAGAUGGUGGCUUGAUGAGAAAGCACUGCACGAGAGUGUAAGAAAGAUGCUGGCACGAUUCUGUGGACCUGGUCCUUUGAUCUUUAGUGAUGUAAAUGCACUCUAUCUAUCUGCCACAGCUCCCCCAACAGCUGCUGAAUGGUCUAAUUUGCUAAGGCCACUAAGAGGUCGAGAGCCAGAGGGCAUGUGGAACCUACUUUACAUAGUGCGUGAACUGUUCCACCGUGGUGAUGCAAAUGCAGUCAGCCUUCUAUCCAUUCUUACCGAAGAAUGCCUCUCAAAUGAUCAAGUCAUUGUCUGGUGGUUUGACAGCCGCAGUCAGGCAUCCAGCACCCACACCCAUAGAAGUCAUGGCAAUAACUAUCGCACCAACAACAAUGCUGCCAGCACUGAGGCAACCAAGCAUGCAUGUGCUGGCUUCUGCGAUGAGUUGGUGGUGUUGUGGAGGCUUGCGGCACUGAAUCCCCAACUAGGUGACAAUGACAGGGCUGAGAUCAAAACCCAACUUGAGGACUGGCACUCUCGGGCUGUGGCUAAGUCAAGAGCUGGCCAUGGUGGUGGUUUUGCUGCUGCGGUGUCCUGCUUCCUUGGUUUCCAGCCCGCUAUUGAAGCAUGCUCCCUUGACUGGAGUAAUGUAGACUUGGGAUUAAACCCUGGGCGAGCAACAGAGUCGCCAGAGAACACCACGCCAAUGAUGCUAGCAUCUGGACGAGGAAGACUCCCUCAUCACGAUAACCUUCACGAUGACCUUCACACAGUGCAGGCUGAUGCAGCCUAUGGCUUUGACUUGGAGCAGGACGUGGCUCACCUAAACAUUGUGGAAGAUGUAGAUGAACCUACAGAGAAGCCUAAGCCAGCGCCAUCCCCAGUGCCCCUACAAGAUAUUGAAGAAGACCUGGAAGUUCUAUGUGCCCGUGCAGAGGCCCUCCAUGUCCAUGGCUUCUCCUCGGAGGCGAGCAAGCUUGCUAUCAGGCUUGCCAACAAGAUUCUCAGCGAUAACACAAAGCUAGACACCUCAAUGACCCCUGCUGGGCUUAAAAAGCAAGGCGGCACCAGUGGUGCAGUGUCCUUCACCAGUACCACGCUAGUAAAGGCAGCGUUUCUGUGUGGGGUCCUUGCAGAAGACCCUUUGUGUCAUCACCUGGCGUUCAAGGUGGGCAUGCUAGGACUGGAGAUGCCGAGACAGCCUGCAAGAAGCAAGGCAUUAGAGGUAAAGCUAGCCCACCAAGAAGCAGACCUAGUGACUCUCCUAAAGAAACUCCCCCUUGGCGGCGAGGAGCUGAUGGUGGUUCGCGAGAAGGCCAACCUACUCACCCAGUGCAAGCUUAGACGUGAAGCGGUCUUACCCAUCAUGUUAGCUACCUUUGUAUUUGAGAUACUCUGCACACCCAAGGAAAGCAGCAAGAGCCCUGCUGAGAGAGAGGAGAGACGGGUUGACGAGGAGCUGGGCUACAGGGCUGCUGUUUGCGCUUUGGGAAUGAAGCCGAUCGUACUAGAGACGCAUUACCCGAUUCUGUGCGAAGGCAUCAGGCGGCAGCGUGGAGACCUGGCCAUUGCACUACUUCAGCACUGUAAAGAUCAACCAGCGCGCCUCAAGGAAGUCAAACAGGUCCUGCUGGAUAAGAGUCGCUAUGAGGGGCCUGGCUUUCUUAGCGAGCUGGAGAAGGGGCUACUGCAUGUUGAUAAUGAAAACGGCAAGAAGUCUGAGGAGGCUGCUGACGCGGUGCCAAAAAUGCGCGGGGGCUUUGGGGUUCCCCCACCUAGACGUGGAAGUAACGGCCUCAGCUCAUCAAACACAAGCGACAGCGGGACCGAUAGUAGCAGGGGAAGCUCUGGCAACAGUCGUCCCAGGGGAGGCCGAUCAGCACCCGUGAGGCCAUCCCCUAAAGUUACAGUGCCCUCAAACGAAGUGCCCAGAGAUGACGAGAGUGGAAGCUCGAGUGGUGUGGACACAGACUCGGCAGUCAACACAGCGAGCUUACCGAAAACAAACAUGUCAUUAGUUGCUCCUUCUCAGAGGCCAAGGGGACAAGUUAACCGAUCUGCAAGUUGUAGCACGGAAGAGGAGGAUUCUUCCCUCAGUAGAAAUCGAAGAGAGGGGUUCACAUCUGCACCAAAGGCCUUCAAAGGUGCUCAAGGAAGAAGUGCUGCUUUAACAACUCCUUCGCGUGACAUCCAAGUGAGGAGAACGUCUGAUCUUGACGGUUCGGAUAUAGAAAUUGAUAUUGAGGAUACUGGUGAGGAUACAGGAGGAGUAAGCCUAAGUCCCGAACAGGGGCGACAGCAAGCUAACGGGGCUUGUGGGGUUACAGCAAGAAUUGUUGGCAGCACUGUUGGGCUUCCCGCAUACAGCUGUGAGUCCAUGCCAAAGGAUUCUCCUAAAGGAAUUGCAGGAGCAAUGCAGGGAAGAGAAGGCGCUGUUGAAGGUGGUAGCCACACGAUAGGUGCUGCCGGUAACAGCCCCGGGAGAAGUACCGAUUCUGCUGCAACUAGUGAUGUAUCGGAUGGAGCAUUGCAAGGAGAUCGCCCAUCUGCCUCCAUAGCUGGUACCGAGUGUGUUUCAUUGCCUGUACAUCCUGGGGCAGCGGCAGUCAUUCAGGGUGAAGCAUCCGGAGGUGGUGCCUCUUACAGCCGCGACUCCCCAGGUCAGUCAGCCGAAUCGACAGCCAGUACAAGCGCCGAUAACGCAGAUGGGAACCAUAGCCGUCCCAGCAACAGACGUCAUAGGAAUAGACCCCAAAGAAAAAAGAAUGGCAAGAAGGCCGCCAUGAAUCAUGCAACAGAGGCUGAGGCUCACUUUAUGUUUGAGCUUGCCAAGACGGUGCUUACUAAAGCUGGUGGUGGUAGCACAGCAUCGGUGUUCAACCAGGCUAGCAGCAGCGCAAGUCACGUAGGGCCUCACCGCGGCCUUCAGCUCUGUGCCUUUGAGAUUGGACUUUUUGCUCUAGGUUUGCAUAACCGUACCUCUCCUAACUGGCUCUCCCGUACGUACUCUUCUCAUGUCUCUUGGAUCUCACACCAGGCUAUGGAGAUCGGCAGCGUCGCCAUUCAGUUACUCAUCGAGCGUUGGGAGACGAACCUUACGCCAUCAGAGGUAGCAUCCAUAGCCGAUCGUGCAUCGAGAUCAAACGACACAGCGAUGGUGAAGGCGGCAGCUGAGCUAGCACUGUCUUGUCUCCCCAUGGCUCAUAUGUUGAACCCUGGGGAAAUACAGCGUGCACUGACUCAGUGUCGAGAGCAGGAUCCACAGUUGCUGGACAGGGCGUGUCAUGCAGUAGAGAAUGCGGCUCGGGGUGGUGGUGUUUACCCAGAGGUUUUAUUCGAAGUUGCGCGACAUUGGUACUACCUUCACGAGCAGAGCCAAGCUACAACAGCUAGGUCUCACAAGGAUGGAGGGAGGAGUCGAGGGUCCCAGCCCUUAAGGCAGCAACCCCAACCACCUUCUCCCUCCAGCAUACCUACAAAUAUGAACUUCUUGCAACCAAUCCCGCUUGGAGUACAUCCAUCAUACCCCCUCCCUCCGCCGCCAUACGCCACGCCCGAGCAGUACGUCGAGCAGCAAAUGCACCAGCAGGCGCACCAGAUGAUGGGUCACUACCAGAAUGGUGCCUAUCACCCCAGCCCCCACUACGGCUACUCAUUCAACACCAGACCGUUGCACGGAAAUCAGUUCCAGUUUUCUAGCGCGUACAAUGGGCUUCCGCCGCCUUACCAUGUUUACCAGCCGCCUCCGAGUCCAACCAUUUGCGUCAGCCAGCUCUCAAGGUCGCUCAGCCAAACGCCGACUGGCCCUGUGCCUUACUACCUGAACAAUGCUUACCGAGUCGGCAUGCUCGCGCUCGAGUCGCUCUCGCGUCGGACGCCCGACGACAGACCGAGCGUGAAAUUCUCACGAAGUCCUCCUUGCAGCGAGGAAAUCAAAUGGCUGUGCACGCUGUCGGCGAGACUCGGUACGUCGUACUUACAGCGGUUUUGCGUGUCUUGCUUGGACGCGGUCGUGAGUCCGUUUGUACUGCAUGAGCUGGCACUGGACGCAGCCCGGCACCUUGCGCGGUCCAACCCCGCGCAGUUAGCUAUUAACUUACGCUCUCCUAAUAUUAGUCCGCUAGUGCAGAAGAGCUUGACCAUGUAUGCUCAGUGCAUACGUUAUAAUCUGAUACACAUUAAUCAGUCGGAUUAUGAUGACUUUGUGGAGUUAUUACGGCACGCGAGAGGUGCCUUCUGUAUGGUUCCCGGCGCGAUGACACAGUUCAAUGAAUUACUGCAAAGCAUCCGAAGAGGUUACCCUAAGAAAAAGGACUUGUGGCAGAUGAUAAUGACAGGACUAGCGAAAGCCUGAGCCAGGCUUUAAUCUGCUAAGGGGCACCCCUUGAAGAAAUAUAGGCAGGUUAGGAACAUAAAUGGCCGUCAAUUACAGCAGUCAGCUUGCUUAACAGAUCAGAGUGGCUGUAUACGAAUGGAUAGUCUGAGGUGUAUUUCGCCACAAAAAAAUCAGAAAAUGCCCCUGCUUGGGGUAAGCCCGGUGUUAGGGUUAUAUCUCGAAAAGGUAAGAUUAAGAUCUUAAGACAGACAUAUCAAAAGUAUUAUUCAGGAAUGUGUUAUUCGUGUAGAUGACUGGAGAGUUACGGAUAUUGGAGUUUACAAACUUAAAUUUAAUGAGAGAUUUACAGUUAAAAUGGCUUUAGCAUUGUGCUUAGGCAAUUGGAUAUUUACGAUUUUGUUUUCUUUUUGAUACAAGAGCCACAUUGUGUUGGAGAUAACAGCCCGGGAAACGAAAAAAAAAAAUAAUAAAGGGAAAGGAAGUGGUGGAAAAAGGCAAGAACUUUUUUUUUCUUUGAAAACACCAGGAGAAUCGGAGAGUGUACGAGGUGGGGCGAGUUAGAAAAGUAUACUAGUCUCAUAGGAAUAUGAAGAGGCAGUAAGGGCGAGGCUUGAGGGAGGGGGUGGAGGUAGAGGAGGUUCUUGGAAGACCAGGGGUAAAGAGGAUGGCUGGAUUGGAUAGUUAUUAACAUUUAGGCAUAGUUAUUGAAGAUAAUACAAGAGGCUAAUAUUGUCACAAAUUAAUAUAUUUCAAUGAGGAAAAAAAAAAGAAGCUUCUUAGUAAA